UAUAGUAUAUUUCAAUUGAACACCUACAUGUAUUAAAUGCAUGUAUUUGCUGUAAAUAAAUGAAGAAACAUACUGUUAUGUAUUAAGAUUUACCAGAAGAGGUCACUAUUGUCAUCCAUUUACAUAACUGAAAUACAGUUUUCAUUUGCUCAGACUUGGUUUGCUCUCUCUCCACCCCCUGGCUCAGUGAUUCACCCUCCCAUCUUUUCUCUCACACACAAAGAAAAUCUGCAGCUCCGAGAUGAGAUUCUCAUGGGUGUUUCCCUUUUUAUGGAAUGAAUGAUUUUUUAGGUUGGAAGGAUACAUUAAUAUUCUCAAGGCAUUUAGGAAUUACAAAGGAUCUAUGUUACAGAAAAUACACUGGUAAUUAUCUAAGAUAUGGACAUUGGACGCUGCUGUCUGUGUUGGAAAUGGCAAGUAGCUUUCUCCCUUCUCCUUUGUAGCUGGGGCUGGGUCUCUGGGCAGCUUCGUUAUUCUAUUGUGGAGGAGUCUGAUCCAGGGACAUGGGUAGGAAAUGUAGCUCAGGAUCUGGGCAUAAGACAUGCAGAGAUUGCCCAGCGCAGAUUACAUUUAUCAUCUGAGAAAUACCAAAAAUAUUUUACUGUAAAUAAGGAAAAUGGAGGCUUGACUGUGAAUGACAAGAUUGAUAGGGAGACCCUGUGUGGAACCAGUGUGAACUGUGUUUUGCGUUUAAGGGUAGUAUCUGAAAAUCCUUUAGAGUUUUAUAGUAUAGAAACAGAGAUUUUGGAUAUUAAUGAUAAUUCCCCUACUUUCUCAUUUAAUGAUCGCAUUAUAGAGAUUACAGAAUACUGGACAAGUCCAGGAACCAAAUUUGCCUUAGAAGUAGCAGAGGAUCUAGAUAUUGGUGUUAAUAGUGUUAGUCAGUAUAUGUUAAAUGCAAAUCCUUAUUUCUCAUUAUCCGUGAAAAAUCGUAUAGAUGGCACUCUUAUACCUCAGCUGAUAUUAGAGAAGGUGUUAGAUAGGGAGGAAAAACAAGAACACAAUCUUAUUCUCACUGCUAUAGACGGGGGAGAACCGGCUAGAUCCGGAUCCUGUCAUAUCACAAUAAAAGUGUUAGAUAUUAAUGAUAAUCCACCAGCCUUUGAUCAGCCAGUUUAUAAAAUUGGUCUAAAAGAGAAUAUCUUCCUAAAUACUGUUAUAUUAAAGCUAAAUGCAACAGAUCCAGAUGAGAGAGCAAAUGGUGAAAUAGAGUAUUAUUUUGAUGAUCAUACAUCUAAAUCUGCAAGAAGACGGUUUGCUUUAAAUGAACAAAAUGGUGAGAUUUAUAUUAAUGGAUCUGUAGAUUAUGAAGAGCGGAAUUUUUAUGAACUAUCUAUCAAAGCAGUAGACAAAGGACUUCCUAAACUGGAAGGUAACUGUUUGGUUCAUAUUGAAAUAGAAGAUGUAAAUGACAAUUAUCCUGAAAUAGAUUGUACAUCAAUGACAAAUGAGAUUCCAGAAAAUAUACCACUAGGAACAGUUUUGGGAAUUAUUAAUGUGGUAGACAAGGAUUCUGGGAAAAAUGGGGAAAUACAGCUCCAUAUAUCUCCCAAUAUUCCAUUUAAAAUAAGAAAUAUUAAAAGUCAUUAUUCAUUAGUUACUGAUGGUAUUUUGGAUAGAGAAAAAGUAUCCUACUACACUAUUGAGGUGACAGCUAAUGAUUUAAGCUUUCCUGCAUUGUCCAAUAAAUUAACUGUUAUUCUCAGGGUUUCUGAUGUUAAUGAUAAUGAGCCAACAUUUACACAAUCUACCUAUAAUGCCUUCAUUAAAGAGAACAGUGACCCAGGGACUCUUCUGUGUACAGCGUUUGCUACUGAUUCAGAUGAAGGUGUUAACUCUGAUCUGGUUUACUCUAUAAUAGAGAUCCAGAUAGAUGGAUCAUCCAUAUCCUCUUUUGUUUACAUUAAUUCUAAUACUGGUGAUAUAUAUGCUCAGCGUUCCUUUGACUAUGAGCACUUUCAGACUCUACAAAUCACCAUAAAAGUAGAGGAUUCUGGAUCUCCAAAGUUAUUUUCUACAGCCUCUGUCUUUAUAUUCAUAUUGGAUACAAAUGACAACUUCCCCACCUUGCUGUAUCCGGAGCACUCUGAGGAUCUCAUUGUCCAAGAGAGGAUACCAAAAUCUACAACUGCUGGAUAUCUGGUGACAAAACUGAGUGCAAUGGAUCUGGACUCUGGUCACAAUGCCUGGUUGGCUUUUGACCUUAUUGAUCCUGUCAGUCCUUCAAUGUUCCAGGUGUCUAAACAUACAGGAGAGGUCAAGACUGUUCGAGGAUUUCAUGAAUUAGAAAACACAGAGCAGCAACUUAUCAUCUGUAUCAUUGAUCAUGGGGAUCCCCCAUUAUCUACCACUGUCACUGUAUUUGUCAGUAUAGCAGAUGAGGUUGUAAUAGAAAGACCCAAAUCUGGGGAUUUUAUCAAAAAUUCCAAACCAAUAUCAGAUAUGACUUUAUAUUUAAUUGUUUCUCUUGUUGCUAUCAGUUUAGUUUCCCUUGUGACAUUCAUUAUAUUACUAGUAAAAUGUCUGAGGAAGGAAAGCUUUGGUUAUAGCAACAAUUGCUGUUACCUCAGUGGCUCUGAAUCCAAAUCAUUUACAGAUCAGUAUCAGCCGGCUCUUUUCCUGAACACAGAUGGAACCCUAAAAUACAUGGAGGUCAGAAUGGUCCCUCCAGGAGGACAAGGACAAUGUUACCAAACUAAUGUGCCCCCAGCCUCACAACAGCGAGAUUCCACUUUUCGCCAGUCUCUAGAUUUUCCCAAGCUACGGGAACUAGUUAAAGAUGCUGACGUGUCCUCAGAUGCAGCCUGCAUAGAUGAUCCAAAUAAGGUGAGUUGUGGCUAAAAUCUAUUGUAUUUUCUCUAAUUGUUAAUUAUUGUUUGAGAAUAUCAGAUGCCAUAUAGUAAUUACAGAGAAAUCCACAAAUCUUGCAUUCUUAUAAGAUUAUAGAGGUUAUUUAUGCAUAACCAAAUAGAUAUGUUCAAUGUAAAUGUUUUAA